GCCCUGGCCUUUCUGUGUUAGCGGCAGCACCGUCUGUGUUGCCACAGCACCGCCAGGUUCACCAUGCAGUGAUGCCUCAUGGAAGAAGUGGCCGAUCCUCUGUUAGUGGCAUCGUGGCCACUGUUUUUGGGGCUACAGGUUUCCUAGGACGUUAUGUUGUCAACCGUUUAGGUCGCAUUGGAUCUCAAGUAAUCAUACCCUAUCGCUGUGAUCAGUAUGACCUCAUGUAUCUGCGGCCGAUGGGUGACCUGGGGCAACUUCUCUUCUUAGAGUGGGACUGCAAGGACAAAGACUCUAUCCGAAGAGCCGUGGAACACAGCAAUGUGGUCAUUAAUCUUGUUGGAAAGGAAUGGGAAACCAAAAACUUCAGUUUUGAAGAUGAAUUUGUAAAUAUUCCUGCACGUAUUGCACAGAUAGCUAGAGAAGCUGGUGUGGAAACACUCAUUCAUAUCUCUCACCUGAAUGCCAGUAUGAAGAGUCCUUCCAAAUACCUCAGGAGUAAAGCUGUUGGAGAGAAAACAGUGAGGGAAGAAUUUCCAGAUGCUAUAAUUUUGAAGCCCUCCGAGAUGUUUGGGAGAGAGGACCGAUUUCUCAAUCAUUAUGCAAACAUGCGCUGGUUUGGCGGUGUGCCUCUUAUUGCUCUGGGAAAAAAAACAGUGAAGCAGCCAAUAUAUGUGGCUGAUGUGGCAAAGGCAAUUAUUAAUGCAAUUAAGGAUCCUGAUGCUAAAGGGAAAACAUACGCCUUGGCUGGGCCUAAGCGAUACCUCCUGCAUGACCUGGUAGAGUACAUCUACGCGGUUUCCUUUCGAACCUUUAUUUCCUAUCCGCUUCCACGUCCUCUCUACCAUUUAGUUGCAAGAUUCUUUGAGAUGAAUCCAUUUGAACCGUGGUUAACACGAGACAAAGUGGACCGGUUUCACACAACAGACAUGACAUUUCCUGACCUUCCUGGUUUGGAAGACCUGGGUGUUCAUCCAACAGCUCUAGAAGAAAAAGCAAUUGAAGUUCUGCGCCGUCACCGCAGAUACCGCUGGCUGGACGCUGAGCUGGAGGAAGCAAAACCGGCUAAGACAUAUCCCAUGUAACAGUUGAUAUAAGGUGGUUACUUCACACUUCUUAAACUGCCUUUGUAUGACCCAAUUUGUUUGGAGACCUGUGUACAUACUGAGUAAAAUAUAUUAAUCAUGUAAA